CAGUUGUUAAAAAAAAUUAUUUUUAUUUUUCAUAGAGAAGACCUUAUAUUGCAAAAUUUACAUUCAUUAUCAUUAGAAUCAACAUGUCAUUAGAGGUUAGAGGGAUGUUUGAUGAUUCGUUGAAGUACUUCGCGAAUGUGAUAUCAAACAACCUAAGAAAUGAGGUUCAACUUAUAGAGGUUGAAGAGGAAAGUACUCAAAUCAUCGCAAGAAAUUAUGUUUGUAAAUACGAACUUGAACCAGAACAGAAGAUAUCGAGUAUUGAAUGGAUUCAAAGAGUUUCUUCUUCCAAUAAUAGAAAGGGAAGAGGUAAGAAGAGAUCUGCACAUCCUGAAGAUGUAAACCAUAACGGUUUGUCCUUACCUGUUUUAGCAGUAUUGUUAAAUAGUACCGAGGUAUGGUUAUUUACACCUGGUAUUAGUCAACCAACUGGAAAGAUUUCAACUGAUUUUCCUAUUUCAUGCAUCUCCAAGUCAUAUAAUACAGAAAAUUCAUUAUUAGUGUUUGAUUCUGAACACAAUAGAUUGAUUGAAUAUUCAUUAGAUACAUUAGAACAAACCAAAGUAAUACUGUUAAAGAGCAAAACUUCAGUGAAAUCUGUGGUUGGUCUUGCAUCAGAUAAAAGGAAAGCUUUAUUAGUAGGAGAUCAUUCUGUGUCUUUGAUUAGUUUAACUAAUACAAAGAAUCCAUUAAUAACUGUAUUUUCAAAAUUUGAGGGUACUAUUUCUCAUGUGCAUCCAAGUUAUGAUCAACAAAAAUAAUUUUAUUGUU